ACUCCCUCUCGCCCGCCCCCAUACAUCCUGAAAGACAAGACACCUUUCUUCACGUUGCUUGCUUUGUAUAACCUAUCCAGGACAACCUUCUUCUCCUGCUUAAAUUAGGAUGCCCAAAUCAAAGGAACUUGUUUCUUCAAGCUCAUCUGGGAGUGAUUCUGACAGCGAAGUUGACAAAAAGGCAAAGAGGAAAAAGCAAGCAAUUCCAGAAAAACCCAUAAAGAAGCAAAAGACAGGAGAAAGUUCUAAAGCACCAGCUUCAUCCAAGCAAAGCAGCAGCCGAGAUGAUCAUAUGUUUCAGAUUGGAAAAAUGAGAUAUGUCAGUGUUCGGGACUUUAAAGGAAAAGUCCUAAUUGAUAUUAGAGAAUAUUGGAUGGAUCAAGAAGGUGAAAUGAAACCUGGUAGAAAAGGUAUUUCUUUAAAUCCAGAACAGUGGAGCCAGCUGAAGGAACAGAUUUCUGAUAUUGAUGAUGCAGUAAGAAAACUGUAAAAUCAGAGCCAUAUGAAACCUGUACUGUUUUAGUUGUUUAAUCAGUCUUUUUACAUUGGCUUUUGUUUUCUAAACUAUUUGUUUUCCAGGCUAUUGUAUAUUUGGAUUGCAAAACAAUUUGUAAGAUGAAACCUUUUUUUUAAAUGUGCAUUAAAAGUGUAUUCUGAGUGAAGCUAAUUGUCUAUACUUUAUUAAAAAGGAAAUGCUUUGCAUCCACCACCUGGUGUAAAAUAAAAUCAAGUAAUAAAAUCUAACUGUCGUGGCCUUUUUUGAUCAGAGGUGUUGGUUACCGGUAAGGCCAAUAUUAACAAUUUGUAGAUCUUUUAGUUUCAGCUCAACUAAUGUUAAGGAGGCAUUGAAUAAUAUUGAAUUUAACAAUAAACAUUUGAUUUAUGAAAGCUAGAGCUUAUCUUUUUUCUUCAAAAUAUCCAAAUAUCCAAAACUGAUUUGACUUAAUUUUUUUUCAGCUGUCAUAAUUUUACUUCUCUCCCCCUUUAUUUCUUUCAUCUUUUCCUAAGAGUGGCUUGACUUUUUGAAACUUAAUUUCACUUCUUUCCCUUAAUUGAUAUAAUAUUAGUUUUUAGAGACUUUGGUAGUAUUGAAAUACUAAGGUAUGACUCAUUAAGGUACUGAUUGUCAAUUUUAAACACUGUAUAUGGAAGCCUUAGAAUUAAUUUUACUGUAAUAAAUAGUGCUUUAUACUUAAAAUUGAACAUUGCUUAUAUGUACUCUAAGAAAGUAUGUUAAUUAUCCCAUAGUUUUGUGUAGUUGCCAAGCCACCUUGUUUAAUCUGCAGAAAAUCGUAUGAAAAAUCUUAAUUUGCCUUUACUUUUAAAUGAUGUUUACAGAUUUUAGGAUGAUGUCUGUAAAAUCAGAUAUUAUUGUUAAAUUACCUCAGACUAGGAUUUAAUAAAAAUCCAGAAAGUUUACUGGUCCUAACUUUAUUUUAGAUACAGAGAGUAUGGAUAGUAUAUAGACUUUGUCAUCUGAGAGUACGAUAGUAUGUAAGCUUUGUCAUCAGAGAAAUAAUCACACAUAGCCAUGUUGCUAUAUUAUGAUAGUAAACUUUUCUAAGAAUAGGCUGAUACUUGUUUUCUAGGAUUUCUCCCACAUUAAUUUGUUGGGAAUGAUACUGUUUUGGCCAUGCACUUAAGUGCCAACAUGCACCUAAGUGGGUUUGAUUGACCUACACUUAGCUUUUAGCUCCUUUUGUGUCUGAAGAGGGAGGCACAGCAAUGGUGCAAUAGGAAAUGCACAAACACUUUGAUAAUGGACACAAUAGUUCUAAGAUCUGAAGAGGGCAUUGAUAGGGGUGUGUGUGAAACCAUGCAAUUCUUGUGAAAAAUCUUGUGUGUGUUAAAGGGAAAUGUAAAUGAGUAGUUAGAAAAAAAGGGGAGACUAAUGGUCAUCUAGCUUUAGAUUGAAGGCCACUAGGGAUAAAAAUACUUAUAUUUUGAAUGAUCCAAACUUGGUCAUGUUUUUAGGAUAGAAAAUACAUUCAGGUAGGACAAUGAAAAAUGAAAUUCUUUUACUGUGGUGGCACUUUAAGAUCAAUUUGUAUAACGAUGUUAUCAUGAUUUACUCACAUAUAUUGUUUUAAGAACAAAUUCUUGUUGAUAAAGUAGAUUUGGAUUUGGUAGCAAACCCUGAAUGGCUGCCACCAUCAGCCGGCUUAGAUAUUUGACAUUGUUUCAUUGGUUCUCUGCAAAUGCCUAGGACCCUGCGCCACCCCCCCCCCCCAUUAAGUGUAUUCAUUUGGUUUGCAGUCCAGAAAGCAUUUUAUAAAAUAGAUUGAAGAGCUUAGUCAAGAGCUUAAUUUAAAGAAUAUCUGGCCAAUAAACAAUUACUCUUUUAAAGUAAGAUUUUGUACUUUUUAGACGAAUUCUUAUAGUACCUUGCGUUACAUUUUGAUUAAGUACAUACUUUGGGGGAAUGAGGAAAUUAUAUAUUACCUAUGAAAUAGACCAAAACAUUCAAAUUGUAUUCAUCUUAGAUGGAAAUUUUGCCCAAUUUUUGGAGGGAAGCAUUUAACCCUAUUAACUUAUCUGAAAUAAGAUUUAAAAGAAUUGUUCCUUUCUGACUAACAAGAGUGAGUUGUUAAAGCUAAAGACUUGUUUGGUUGGUAGGGAAUAAUGAGAUGGUGUAUUUCAAAGCUUUAAAUGGAUUUGUAAGCUAAGACAUUAAUAUAUUUUGCUAUUGUGAAGAUGGUGCUGAAAUCUAUCAGUAAUUUAAGAGUUGAGCACUUGUUAAAAUACUUAUACAUACAAGUAGUUGCAUUGAUAUUAGUAAUAACUUGAUAUCUGUUAAUACAUCAAAUACACCCAACCAAGUAUUCAAUACAUAGUUAAUUUUAUUAUCAUUUGUGUGGGUUAGGGUGUUGGGACAAGUUAAAGGGAAACAUUACCUUAUUAAAUAUUCUUCAAAGUAAAAUCUCCUGACAAGUAAAAUUUGGCCCUGUAAGUAAGUAUGAUACUUAAAGAACUGAUGUAUUGACAUUUAGGCCUCAGUAAAUUGCACUAUUGCUCCAGUGUGUGAACCUAUUAUUAAUGCAACAAAAAAUUCCCUGAUGCAUUAUCCUUUUAUGGUUUAUAAGUACAAAAUGCCUUUUAGAGAAAACCACCUACUAUGUCAGCUCUUAAAGAUGCUAUCAUGUUCAGCCUUUUUUUUUUUUUUUAAAUAGAAGCAGUAGCCUGUAAUGGAGAAAGUGCUAGAUGUGGAAUUAGUUUUCUCAUCUGCAAGAUUGAGGGGCUUGAACUAGAUGAUGACUAUGAAAUCCUUCUAAAGCUUUGAUCCUAUAAUCUGGGUUCAGUUUUGGGCUUUGACACUGACCAUGAGCAAGUCACCUCUUUGUCUAUCAGUUUUCUCUCCUGUAAAAUGGAGAUGAUAAUAGUUCAUUUCUGGUUGUAAGGAAAGUGCUCUGUAAUCCAUGAAAGUGUAUUUAUAUAAAAGUUUGAAGGAUAUUUAUACUAAUGAAGAAAGAGAAAUAUCUUUGUAACCUUAUUCCAAAAUGUAAGAGGUUUGUAAAAUUGUGAGCGGUUUUCUGAAGUAUUCCUUGCAGUCUGGAAGUGUUUGAAAUAGCUCUAAAAACAGGUUGCUGGUGACUAAUGCACAUUGUCAGUUUUACUGAGUUUUUAGGCAGUAUUGUGCCUCGACAGUUGUGUAUUGUGCUUUGGUGGUUUGAGCAUUUGACAUAUAACACAUAAAAAUUAAUGCUAUACAAUAUUAAUAAAAUCCAGUGUUCAAAAGAAUAAAGAGUUGGGUAAAUCAAUGUGGUAGAUUGACAACUCAGAAACCACAUUUAGAAUUUGGUGAUACAAAAUAAAAUCAGAAUAAAAUGUUUAAACUAUUGACUGAAUAUACUACAUGGUAUAGGUUAUGGUUCACACUGGUCUAAUAGUUUAUCAUUGAUGUGUACAGUAUGAUUUAUAUCUGAUAAACAUGCCAAAUAGGGUGGAAAAUCAUCAAUGGAAAAUGUAAAUGCAAUUUGUGUAUGCCUGUACCUUGUACUCCUUUUCAGGUAUUUCUUCUAAUGGAAAUGAGGCCAGCAAAACACUCAGAACUAAAAAAAUUGUUUGGAUAAAAUAUGAUAAGAAUGCUAUCUCUAGGGGGUGCAAAUUCACAAAUUACAAAUGUAUAAUCUGGUAACUAAAAUCAGUUUGUCAACCAUUGUGGAAUGUCUGUAUGCUUUGGUACUGUCUGCCAUGGAGAUGUCCCUGAAUAUAAUACUCCAUCUGUGAAUAUCUUAAAUGUUGAAAUAAAAAUGAGAAAUGUGCUGUUUAUGUGA